GCCCAGUUAGAACUCUUUUCCUUUGCUGUUGUCCCUGUGCUGCCUGGCGCUGGCUGCUGCAUCUCCUCAGGAGGUCUCCGGCACCCUGGGCCCUGACCAGCCCUUCCUGGGGAGUGCUGGGGUCCACCUGGUCCACUUCAGCCCCCAUGGAACUUUUGGCUUCAUCGUCUCCAGAGUGGAUAUGCUUGGCUCCUUCCUCCAAGACCGCUCAGCUAGCCACUACCCUGUGUACCAGAGGCAGCAUCUGCUCAACAGCAACCCCCACUGGGACUUCGGAGCUUUCAGGAGACUCCGCCACCUGGUGCAAGAGACACAGGUCAACCUCUCAAGGUGACGGGGGCACUCCCUGGGAGUUGGGGGCAGGGGCAUGUGCUGAGCCUCCUGUGCAAGUCAUAGCCUCCUUCCGGAAGGCAACUAGGAGGAUGGGGCAUGUGCAUCCUGAGAGACUCUGGGCAGCUGGCUUGCCUCUGGUGCCCAGCUGGUGCCCAUCGGGCUGGGCAUCGUCUUCAGUGUUUGCCCAUCAGUUCCUAGACCCGGGCACAUAUGUGUUUCAUGACAAUGGGCAGCCCGAGGGCAUUGCUGUGGUGCGGGUACAAGAAGAGGGGGCAGCCUGUGGCCCUGGCCUGGCUCCCAUACAGCCCUCCUCGCCGUACCAACUGCGCAGGCUUGGCGUCCUCCAGCGAGAGCUGCUCCUGGGCCCAGACUGGGCGGCAAUCACUGGGAUUCUGCUGGCUGCUGGCUUGGCCACCACACUUCUGACAGGCCUGGGCCUCCUGCUGAGAACCUGCCUGCCCCAGGCAUGCCCCAUGCGAGUCUGGAGGCCUCGGUGGAGAAGCCUAGGGUGCCCUCACGUGCCGACUGAGCACGAGCUCCUCAGGGACAGCUUUCUAUUCUGUGAAGACCGUGGUUGUUGGGGCUCUGGGACAGGAGCUGAACUCAGGAUGAAGACCAUGACCUGGGGUGCAGGAGAGCCUCCUCAGGCCCAGACCCUAGAGGACUUCAGUGUGCGCACACUCUAUGACAAGCUUGAGGAUCAGAAUCUGCAUGUGGCUUCCCAGCUGAGCAGGCACCAGAGGGACGUGUUGGCCUUCUACAGGGCUGCUGGUCAGCAGCUCCAGGAGCUCCAGAACUUUCUGCAGGGCCUCAGCAUGACGGACCUGAGCACACUGGGCAGGGAUGGACAGUGUGAGACAGGGGCCAGAGGCGCCAUGGAGACAGAAACAGGGCAGAGUGAGACAUCACGAGGCAGCCAUGCUGCUGAUUCUCCCAGGGAGCACUGGCCACGUGCUGUAGGCUGUACCGCCAGAGUCUCUUCCCUGAGCCUUCAGCCAGAGCUUGACAGAGUCAUCGCCGCCCUGGCAUCUGUACUUUCUCAGGCACGUGUGCCACUGCCUGGGGCCAGUAGGAAGGCUUCUGGUCAGUGCAGUGAACAGGCUCCGUCCAGCAGCCAGUCUGACCCAUGCCUGAGCGCUCAGGCUCUGCCGCCUGUCCAGGAGCCCCAGGGCACAAGACCCCAGCAGGACCCAAGACCUCUGUGGCGUCCCCAGGGUAAUGCUGAAGGAAGUGCCCAAAGCCCUGAUCCUGGGACAUGGAUUCUCAAGGCCGGACCUCGGCAUGGCGUUGAAGCUGAGCUGCAGAGAAAGAUAAGACAGGUGGAAGAUACCUUGGACAAGCUGAAUGAGGAGUUCUUCCAGCUCACUGCUCAAGCCUUGGAGCUCCAGAGUGUGGACAAGCCAAACCAAUUACCCGCAGGAGAAGGCAACACCUUUGUGGUGGCUUCCAGCAUGCUCCCUGGUAUGUGGUGGAAUGACAGAGCUGACCCCAUGGUGUCAAGUCACACUGACAUCCAGAGGCAUGGGCCCCAGGCCCUGGAGGGUGAGCAGGCUCUGGCGCUGGAGGUGCAGAGAAUUCACCUUGCCCAACAGAUUGAGGACCUGGAGUGGGAGCUGUCGCUGCUCCUCCAGGUGGCAAAUGGUGGUUCAAGAGCAGAAAGGACCCAGUCCAGCUGCAGGGCCAGCCUGGAAGGCUCUGAGUCACACUGAGAUGACACCUGCAGAAGGCACCUUCUCUACUCAGGAUGCAUCCAGGAGUCAUGUAGGAAACGGUAUCUGCAGCCGGGGGCUGCUGGGGACCAGACUAUGUAAAAGCUAAAUUGCUGACCAUGAAGGGACCUCUCGCCAGGUUGGAAAAGCUUAUAUUCACAGUGCUGUAAAGAUAAGGUAACACCACAGCUGAGGCAGCAGAGAACAGGAGGACACAGGCCGUUGACACUCCCUAUUCCAGAGCAAUAAAGCUGCCACCCUAAAGAUCGAACAGUUUUCUUAAUUGGCAAGAUUUACUGCCUUUGUUUCUUAAGACCCUGGUCAUUUUUGCAGGCUUUUGCCUCCGAUGUGCCCUCUUCUUCCUGCACACCCAGUCUGUGGAAAUCCAGUAAAUAAUAUGAGUGUGAUCCAGACAAUCUUAUCUUAGCUCCUAGAAAGUUCUGGCUUUCCUAGAUCUCCCAAAAACCAUAUUCCACUUUCUCUUUUUAUUUAAGCCUUCACUGUAACUCAUCUUAGGAGGUUGGAGGCUAGGCCCUGUCCCCAGUAGGGGGCUGUGCUGGUUUAUGACAACUCCCAUCAUGGACACUGCAUCAUGGUCAG